AUGUACAUCACAUUGGCUCCAUUUGUGCGUAAUUAUUAUCCUUAUGAUUUCUUGAAGCAUGUAGAAAAGCAGAAGCAGAGCCAUGACGUCAUUAUUGUUGACAUGCACUUGUUUUUGCUUAGGAAUAAUAAGCCUUGGUAUCAAAGAGCAAGAGAGAUGGGCAUGGGCAGUCUAUGGAGAAGCAUCAACAAUAACAAUUCAAAGUCCACACAAGUUCCAGCAGCAAAUUCCACGCUAUGGAAAACCCUAGUCAAUGCCAAAAGCAGUCCCGGCGCAAACCCUAAUAAUUUUCCUGCACCAAAUUCCAACUCCAAUUCCAAUUCCAAUAAUGUUAGGCACAAACUGAGAAAAUGUACCUCUCUAAAGGUUGCCACGGCUGAGCUUCCCCCAAGAAGAAGCAACAGCUACCCAAGAAUGGGGUCCUAUUCCAAGCCAUUGGGCACAACAACUACUUCUAGUGCCAGCAUUGCGCAAGCACGGCUUAGCACUGAUCAUCCAGGAAUUAGAAGAGUGUUUCGGGGAAAGUCGCUGACCGACGACGUUUUGAUGAGAAGGUUUGUGGUGGAAGAAGAAGCAAUGAUGCAGGUUAGAAGGAGAAAUCAAAUGGAAGUCAUAAGGAGAAGAAGUGUGAUGAGGAGGAAGAGGCUUGGGCCUAGUCCUCUUUGUAGAAUGGUUUUGGCUGAGGAGGAUUAA